CUCCCCGCCCUCCAAUUCCGGGAUUUUGGGACAAGACUAGUCAGUUAGUUAUUUGAGUGCGGACCUGUCUGGAGGAAGCUGUCACCAAAGGAUCCAAGAGAUCAAGUCCAUACUACCCCUCUUUGUUUAGAGUGCUAUUUCUAAACCUCCCUUCUGCUCUUCUGCUUGUGAUUUCUUCCAAAAAAGAUAACCACAGUAGGUAGAAAGAUGACUGAUGAAAUGUACUGUGAGCCGGAUGACAAUGCUAUCGACCUUGUAGAGAUAGAGUUUCGAGAUGGUACACUUUACUUCAAAGCUGAAGAUGAUGAUCACCUGGAAUCAGAUGAUUUCCGCAAGCUCGGAGGCCCCAAAAAUGCAAUCUUAAGAAACUUGAACAAUCAAGUUCUCAUGAAAAAAAGUGGGAUGGACAUAGCUGUACUCGAGGAUAUGACUGAUUGUGAGAUUCAAGCAAAUGCACCCCAAACUGUAUUUAUAAUGCAAGCCUAUAAAGAGACUGUACCCAAAGGCUUGGCAAUAGCCAUCUUGGUGAGAAGUAAAAACCAGAUUUACAGUCUGUCCUGCCAGAACAAAGAACUUCAAUUUAAGGAAGGUGCUGCUCCAAAUCAUAUUGCAUCUACAACAAGUGAUUUUAUAUUCUACCAAAAGAAGGUUAUAGGCCACGAGAAGAUGCAAUUUGAGUCUUCAUUGUACCCAGGAUAUUUUCUGGCUUGUGAGAAGGAACAGCAGGGCUAUUUUAAGCUUGUUUUAAAAGAAGGCUGUGAAGAAGUGGAUAAAUUUAUGAUGUUUAUUGUUCAGUAUUGCUAGAAAAAAGACACAUAAAUCUACUUUGAAAAAAUUGCUUGGGACAACAGAGAAAAAAAGUACGAGUAGAAAAUAUAGCUACAUACACAAAAAAAUUCUUAGUGACCUGAAAGUUCUAAAAAACAAUUCAUCCACUUAAAAUUCAUCCACUUAAUUAAAAUGGUAAAAUCAAGAAAUAAAGACCCAGUACAAUGAACACAAUGAUAUAAACAAAAUACAGGCACAUGUGACUAUUUUAUCACAGCUGGUCACUCUCCCAGUACGACUUUGGACAAGGCCAAUUCAAUUAAUCUUUCUGGGCCUCAGUUUUUCUUACUCUUCCCUCUUCACAAACUCUGUGUUCCAAGCAAACAGAAUUGUCGUUUCCUGACAUGCUGUUUCUUACCUAUGUGCCACGUAAGUACACAAGCCAUCCCCCAGGGCUAAAAUCUCCA